AUGACUUCUCCAGAUUGGUUUACCCCUGUGCCCAUUGACGACUUCGAGGCGCUCCACAAAAAGCAAGUGGAGGACCCUGUGCCAGAGGAAUGCCCCGAAACUCCGGCAAUCGAAGGCUUGGAAGUGCAUUGCGGUCCCAUUCUUAAACUUUGUGGAACAUUGGAAAACGGUCUGGACAGUUACAGAGCUUCCAUUAUGCUUGUUGUUAAGGGUGCAGUGCCCAAGAUAACAUACCAAAUUGGACCUGUGGUGGAAGGUCCUGGAAAAGUCUCCGAUGGUGAGUUUCCUGGUAAAGUCUACUAUGAGCUGUCUGGAGGCUUGCAAUUCUACAGAUUUAACAUUGCCUUGAAGCUUGCGGAAUACCAGCAAAAAGUACGCUACACCAUCAACGGCUUGUUCAAUCCUGCUCAUCAAUUUUUUCUUCCCGCAGCGCUGGAAUCCAUGAACGUGGUUUCUUACUCAUGUAAUGGAUUUUCUCUUGCUACUGACACCUCAGAUUACCAGCUGUCACUUUGGUUGGAUGUAUUGCGAAAGCACUCAUCUCAGAACUACCAUGUGAUGUUGGGAGGAGGUGACCAGAUCUACUGUGACCUGAUCAAAGUCCAUUGUAAGGGACUCGAGCCGUGGCUUAAUUUGGAGUCUUCAAGCAAAAAAAGAGAGGUGAAAGUGACUCCAGAUUUGCUUGAGGAAUUCGAGCAAUACUAUUUGAAUGCAUACCUUCAAUGGUUUGGAAAAGGUUGGUGGAAGGGUAAAAACGGUGCUACCCUUCAGACCAUGUUUCCUUUGGCUAUGGCUCAGAUUCCUACGGUAAGCAUUUAUGAUGAUCAUGACAUAAUUGACGGAUUCGGCUCGUACAAAGAUAAAACAAUGGGCCAGAAUGUGUUUUCCACCAUCGGAAACGUCGCCUACAAGUAUUAUAUGCUUUUCCAGCAUCAGAUACUGAUUGAUGAGCCCGAGUACUUGGAUGAUCCACUGUGGGUUUUGUCUAAAGGGAAUGGUCCAUGGAUUAAACAACCAAGUCACUCUGUUUUCAUGCGUUUGGGUCAGGAGAUUUCUUUGGUAGGUAUUGAUUGUCGUACUGAACGUAAGCUUUCCCAAGUUGUCUCAAAUUCAACAUACAACAUCAUUUUCUCUCGCUUACAGGCCGAGAUUGACCGGGCGCCAGAGACCAAGCAUUUGUUGGUGAUGUUGGGUGUUCCAAUCAUGUACCCUAGACUUGUGUGGCUUGAGUUGAUUUUGAACUCCACUGUGCUCAAACCUGUCAAAAAAUUGGCUACCAAGGGUAUCAUUAGCAAGGGCUUGGUCAAUGAGUUUGAUGGAAGCGUUGAAGUUUUGGACGAUUUGAAUGAUCAUUGGUGUUCGAAGCAUCACAAGCGUGAGCGAAACUUCCUUUUGAAGUCUUUGACUGAAUUUGGUGCCAAGAACGGUGUCAGAAUCACUAUCUUGUCUGGUGAUGUUCACUUGUGCUGUUUCGGAAGAUUCAAGACAAAGAUCCAUCACCAUCCUCAUGCACACCUUCUUCAGGGCCACGAGGCCAUCGAGGAGAAGAACAAGGAUGUCACUCUUCAUCCGGAAACCGAUCCCAGACUUGUGUUCAAUGUGAUUUCGUCCGCCAUCGUCAACGCACCCCCUCCAGACCCAAUGGCCACUUUGCUCGGCAAGCGUUCCAAAGUGCACCACUACGAUCUCUACACAGAUGAGGACAUCUUGCCGAUAUUUUCCUGUAAUCCGGACGGAUCUCAGAGAGAUAAUAAUUCGUUCUUGAACAAAAGAAAUUGGAACGAUCUCGUUUUGGCCAAGCAGUCUGUAACUUACAAGGGUCGCGCAGAAGAGUGGAAAUUUCCGGGACCAUUGGUGGAGGAGUAUGCCACUAAAAUGGCCAAAAAUGAAAUUUCUGCCAGCUAUAUCAAGUAUCCAUUACUUCCUGACUCGUUGGUUACCACCAUUUGGGUGGAGAAGGAUGGAAACGACGUAAAAGCCUCAACCACAGGGUAUGAAGUUUUAAUUCCUAAUUUAGAGGGUAAGUACGAAUUGGAACAGACCAAAAUCAAACACUUGUGA